AUGGCCUCGCAGAACGACGACCCCGGCGCCGUCGCCCGCGCCCCCAGCAAGGCGGCCGAACCCGGCGGGGGCGCCGCCCGGGGCUCCGUGCGCAGCAGGCUGCAGCAGGAGCUGAUGACGCUGAUGAUGUCCGGAGACCACGGCAUCUCCGCCUUCCCGGAGUCGGACAAUCUCUUCAAGUGGAUCGGGACCAUCAACGGCGUGGCUGGGACGGUCUACGAGGAGCUGAGGUACAAACUCUCAUUGGAAUUCCCCAGCGGCUACCCCUACAACGCUCCCACCGUCAAGUUCCUCACCCCUUGCUACCACCCCAACGUGGACCUGCAGGGCAACAUCUGCCUGGACAUCCUGAAGGACAAGUGGUCGGCUCUCUACGAUGUCCGGACCAUUUUGCUCUCCAUCCAGAGCUUGCUGGGAGAGCCCAACGUGGAAAGUCCGUUGAAUACAGAAGCUGCCGAGCUGUGGAAGAACCAAGCAGCCUACAAAAAACGCCUCCAUGAAUCCUACCGAAAACACAUGAAGAGCCAGGAUACCUGAUGUCCUUCCCAGCCCUGGGCCGCUUCACCUGGGUGGGGAGGGGGCGAUAAUGUCUCUUCCCUCUUCUGUUUCAUCCUUGUAUUUUCUGUGUCGCCUCUGUUGUAUUAUAGGUCAUUUUAAACGUUAUUUGGCUUUUUUUUCCCCCCUGGUGUUAAUGU